AUGCCGAGCCGCAAUUCCCCACAAUCGUCCCGGCGAUCUCACCGGUCGACUUUAUCGCUCCAAAAGACGGAGGUUAAAAUCAACGUGUAUGACCUUUUGCCGCCAGGAAAACUAUCAUCGAUACUAUGGACCAUGGGCACCGCGCUCCUCCAUUCCGGCGUCGUGAUCAACGGAAAAGAAUAUGCCUACGGAGGCCACGAUAGGCCGGGUCUCUCGGGAGUAUACUGGACGAAGCCGGGACAAGUCCCUCCCGGAGCGAUAUUCAAAUGCGAAAUCAUUCACGGCUUUACCUUUGCCGCGCCCGCCGAAAUCGAAGCGACGAUAAAGGACGUGUCGGCCGAGUUCAUGGGCACCUCGUACAAUUUGCUCACGAGAAACUGCAACCACUUCACCUCAUACCUCGUCGAAAGGCUUACCGGUCGCCGCGGGCCGGGUUGGCUGAACCGAGCUGCGAAUAUUGGUGUCGCAUUCCCCUGUGUCGUGCCUAAGGAAUGGGUGGAGCCGCCUGCUGCGGAUACGGCGGACGGAGAGUUGGUUGAGGAGGAGGACAAUGCGGACGAGUCAUCGCGGAUGUUGAGGCCCAUGAGGCCCCAGGUCGAAAGCAGCCAGCCGAGGAAAGAUUGA